AGUUUAUUACCAUCUAGUUAUGAUUGAACGAGCAUCGAUAAAUGAUUUAUGUAUGGCGUUAAAAAAAAGGGAUCUGAAGAAAGAUUCAUACUCGAAGAAAGGAACGCUAUCAUAAUGAUAAGUAACGAAAGGAAGCCGAGGAAUCGCGGGUUUUCGCGCCAAGUGAAUGCAAAGUUUCGCACAUCGGAGCGUGUUCCUGACUAUCCCCCGCUUUAUUCUCACUGGCUCCUCACGAUAUAAAUAUUCAACAUGGGUCGUCCCUCGAGCCGUCUAUCCUUCUCCAUCGUAUCUCCCUUUCCUCUCCUUCUCCCUACUCACAGCCUACCAUCUCUUUCACGCACAUCAUCCAGCCAACUUGUACUCUCUCUUCCUAGCCUCUCCACUCUUGCAGAUCAAGAUCACCGAGGCAACACAGAGAGAUCAUCAAUCAUUCCGCAUAAAACUUUAUAAAAUCUCCAUCAACAAGAUCUGAAAACCAAAUACUCAGAUGAAACAAACCUCCAAGUAGCAUAUCUCACAAAUACAAAACUAUACUCUCAUGCACUCGAAUCUCUUCUUUAUCCAAGAAGCGAAGAGACUUCAUUACAAAAAAAAAGAUAAAUCAGGGGAACUAAAUGGAAAAAAAAUAUAAAUCGUCUGAAAGUGUCCAAAUUCCACUUUCACCCAUCUCGUCUCUCCCCUCCCGAGUCUGUCUACCUCUUUGAUAAUGGCUACAACUUUGUAGAUGCCCGAUCGCGUUCUCCAACCUCCCAAACGCCCUUUCAGUGCAUCUUUUUCUUUCCAACAGAGGAAUCUCGUGGGUGGGGACUGAUGGACGCGACGGAUAAAAGAAACCGUCCCAGAAUGAGGGAGGGAUUAGGUUAGGAAGACAGAGGGGCCAGGUAGGGGAGCAGUACGCGGUGAAGGGUAGGGGUACGGUUCUAUAGCCGGAGGCGGGGUUCCUGGUUGACAUGAAGAGGCAGUCCGAGGGCCGGUUCCUUCAGACGACUCUGAACUUUCGAGCACAGACGUAUAUUUAUUGAGAACUUCAGCCACCAGUCGUUCUAUCCCGUGUACCGUUAUACAGUGUUGUCCAAUAGUGGUGAUCAGUUGAAAAAUAGUUUCAAAGUGGAUUUCAAAUAUGCAGCCAGUGAGUCUUCAGGCGCAGAGGAUCCAGGGCCUUUAUCUUCUGGAUAACAACGACAGCUCUGGUAUUCCACAUAGCGCUGACAGCUCUGCUAGCAAUUCACCUCAUCGUUACGAAAGAUUUUCGCCUUCAAAGCAUUUGAUGGAUCUCAGUAGCCCUCCGGAACACAGAGACGACGAGGAGCUUGGAUAUCAAGCCCAUCAUCAUCUUCAUCAUCACCACCACCAAGUGGUCUAUCAAGAACCUACUUACUUGAUGUAUGAAAACUCUGACGAGAAAAGGUACCAGGAACAUCCCAAUGGCAAGAUUCUGAGGGAGCUUCAGACCGAUUAUGACAGGCGUCCCCACGAUAAUUCUCCAGGAUUCUUAUCAGACCAUAGCAGAGAUCAUGAACAAAGUCUUUAUUUGACACCAUCGCCACAGAUGUACUCCUCCGGAGGUGAAGAGAUGGCACCUAGGCAAGCACAGCAGGGUUACCAUCAUUUGGAGGCAAUCGAAUAUAAACCUGAUAUAGAGCAGAGGUGCAAGCAGUUAGAGAAGAAAAGUUAUGGAAGAAAAAGAAAGUCUGGCACUAGUGAAAACAGUGCUGCUUCGACGAAGAGUAUUAGAAGAAAAAGUGGAACCUCCGAAGAAAUACACAUUCAGAGAGUGAUGGCAAAUGUGAGGGAGAGACAGAGAACUCAGAGUUUAAACGAGGCGUUUGCUGCGCUCAGAAAAAUCAUACCCACGUUGCCCAGUGACAAGUUAAGCAAGAUUCAAACGCUAAAACUGGCCACUAGGUAUAUCGACUUCCUGUUCCAGGUGUUGCACUGCAACACGGAAAACACCGAUGGCAGCGAGGAUGGUGGUGAGUCUUCCGGUGGAGUUUUAGUUCGCAUUCCUUCAAUUUAUGCGAAAGAAAUCCAAGAAGCGCUGUCCUAGCUGCCAGAGAAAUAACUUCGUCGUCGUGCAGUUACAUGGCCCACGAGAAACUCUCGUACGCUUUUAGCGUUUGGAGAAUGGAAGAUGACUGGAAUUCGAAUCUGUAGAGAAGUCUGUGUGUCACGCUCAACAAGGUAAAAGUUACUUAAAACCCUUAAUCAACGCUUGGACGCUGUGUAAAUACUUCCAUAAACCUCAGGACACAGAGCUUCGAGAAGGCUCGACGAUUAUUUAAUGCCAUGCCGUUCAAUUUCCACGAAGUUCAAAUAGCGUGCGGUAAACAACAACAAUGUUCGAAAUCGCACAUUCGCCUUUCAUAUGUAAAUGCAUGUGUAAGAUACAACUAAUUUUCGUUUGCAAGAUGUUUGAUAAAUAGUUACUACCAAUUGAGCAUUGAACAAGAAAGAUUUAUUAUCUUGAAAUAAAUAAUAAAUCAAUAACAUCGAUGUACUACGUCUCUCAUACGUAUUAUUUAUGUUUGGCCUGAUCGACGUACCACGUCUCUUGCACGUGGUGUUUAUGUUUAGCAAUCAACAUGCCACGUUUCUCGCAUAAUAUAAAUUAAGAAGUAAAACAUAUUUUCACGAAAAGAUGGAAAUCAAACAAGUUUGUUAUAAAAUCGAACGCCGACUUCUUAUUUUCGCUGGCACGAAAAUAAGGAAAUUACGACUGAUCCGAAGAAGGUAAUAUAAUCUGAUGGUUUGAUGAAAUUAAUUGUACACUGUGAACACUUGUAUCUAUAGAAAAUUUGAAUAUGCAAAAAUAUACAGGAUGCACAUACCGUGCAAGAAUAUAUAAAAUAUCCAUAGCAAAAGAAGCACUUGUCAUAUUUAGUUUCUACAUCUUUGGUUGUAUCUAUAGAAAUUUGAAUUUUUAUGAACAUCCAAUCUAGUCUACCAAUUAGCAUCUUUAAGAUCAAAA